GUGAAGAGGAGGAGGAUGGAAUAGAAAGGACUUGUGACACCCUGCUUAUGUGCAUCGUGACUGUAUUAAACCAAGGCCUGCGAAAUGGUGGUGGCGUGGGAGACGUGCUCAGAAAGCCUUCCAAAGAUGAGCCCUUGUUUGCUGCGCGAGUUGUUUAUGAUCUUCUGUUUUAUUUCAUUGUCAUAAUUAUUGUUCUAAACCUAAUCUUUGGAGUCAUCAUUGAUACGUUUGCUGAUCUCAGGAGUGAAAAGCAGAAAAAGGAGGAAAUACUAAAGACAACCUGUUUCAUCUGUGGACUGGAGAGAGACAAAUUUGAUAACAAGACCGUUUCGUUUGAGGAGCAUAUAAAGUCAGAACACAACAUGUGGCAUUAUUUGUACUUUAUAGUUCUUGUCAAAGUUAAAGAUCCAACUGAAUACACCGGCCCGGAGAGCUACGUGGCGCAAAUGAUUGCGGAGAAGAAUUUGGACUGGUUCCCUCGGAUGAGAGCGAUGUCCCUGGUUAGCAAUGAAGGCGACAGCGAGCAAAACGAAAUCAGGAACCUGCAAGAGAGGCUGGAGUCAACCAUGAGCCUUGUAAAGCAGCUUUCCGGUCAGCUUGCCGAGCUCAAGGAGCAGAUAGGCCGAUACGGGUUUGAAAUGAAAUCGUGCUCCAUUAGCACCAGUGAAGAACAG